AUGGAUCGUUUGUUUGGUGGCGUCAGAGCGGACGACACACACGAGGAUCAGCCUGAGGGACGCUACGCUCUGAUUGGUGCAGGGGUGGGUCUGAUUCUGGCCAUCAUGUUCGUCGCCGUGAAGCUCUGCAUGAUUAAGAGACACAUGCUGGACAACGGGUUCGUAUCAGAGGACUCAAUGAGAAAACAGUCCCUGCGGACUCAGAGCAUCCGGCUGAACAGAAGAGAAGCACCAGACCAGCCCUGAACACCAGUUUACCCCGUUUCACAUGAUUAAAUUGAAGCCGUCAUUGGCCGACGCUUGAUCAUCCCCAGCAUAAAAGGGCUGCCUCAUUGCCUCACAGAGAAGCAUGCCUGAGAGAUCGCCAUUUCGUUGGACGCAACCAUUUUUGGAUUUAGCUUUUUGUGGACAUUCGGGCCUUUGGCCAACUUGACUCUGCUGGAACGCCGCGCAGCCUCACCGUGCUGCCUGGCCCCAGCUUUUGUGGACUAGAAUGUCCUUUGUUGCAGUUUGUGUCUGCCUUACCGGCAUUUGCUUGCCCGUUUGGCGUCUUUGUUACACCUGUGGUCUCUUUAGACCCUUUUUGAGUUAAUGGUUAAUAAAAACCACUUAGAACAACCA